AUGUUGUUCUUCUCCUUCUUCAAAUCACUUGUCGGAAAAGACGUCGUCGUUGAGCUUAAGAAUGAUUUGAGCAUUUGUGGGACACUGCACUCCGUCGAUCAAUACCUUAAUAUGAAGCUGUCAGACAUCACAGUCUCGGACACAGAACGAUUUCCUCAUAUGCUUUCAGUUAAAACCUGUUUCAUCAGAGGAUCAGUGGUCAGAUAUGUCCAGCUACCGGCUGAAGAAAUCGACACACAAUUGCUCGCUGAAUCUUGUCGGAAGGAGCUCGUUGAAGCAAAAGCGAAAGCAUAA